GAACCGGAUAUCCUGAAAUGUUGCAUUGUGGGAUUCGUUUCGUUGAUCGCUAAUCGAGUGGGUGAAGUAAUGAAUUAAGAGCUUCGGACGCUUCUAAAUAUCCGUUCCGUGCUACAGGCGAACGCGCACGGCGCUUGUAAGACUAUCCAGACAGUGGGUUUGAUUGAGAAUGAAUGCUUGGAAUUAAACAUGUUUAUUAACGCUAACAGGAACAGCAGCAGCACUGAUGUGUGGAUGUGGAGACUCCGCGUAAACUAAUCAAGCAAAAGGUACCGUCUCCUUCCAUCCUCCUCUAUUACGCACACUCUCCCUGGCUUCAGUUCCACUUUAUAUUUACAAUUACGCAUUCUCUGUGACAGUGUUUUGGUGAAAGCCGGCCAAAUCAUCUGAAGCUCCACACAAAGCCGCUGCGGCAGGCGCUUUAUCAUCAUUAACCCGUUGAACCUCCUCGGCUUGUUUUGAUCCUCCUGAACUGAAGCGUCUCAGCAGCUCAUCACUCAUGGCAUCUUCAUCAGGGAACGACGAUGACCUGACGAUUCCGAGGGCGGCGAUCAAUAAAAUGAUCAAAGAAACGCUUCCCAAUGUGCGAGUGGCGAACGAUGCCAGAGAGCUGGUGGUGAACUGCUGCACAGAGUUCAUUCACCUCAUCUCAUCAGAAGCCAACGAGAUAUGUAAUAAAUCAGAGAAGAAGACUAUAUCUCCAGAGCAUGUCAUAAAUGCACUUGAAAGUCUAGGUUUUGGGUCAUAUAUCGCAGAGGUAAAAGACGUUCUGCAGGAGUGUAAAACGGUAGCACUUAAACGGAGGAAGGCCAGCUCUCGACUAGAGAACCUUGGCAUUCCGGAGGAGGAACUUCUCCGUCAACAGCAGGAAUUAUUUGCCAAGGCUAGGCAGCAGCAGGCUGAGUUAGCACAACAGGAGUGGUUACAGAUGCAGCAGGCUGCCCAACAGGCACAAUUAGCGGCAGCUUCAGCCAGUUCUGCUCAGCAGGCUGGAUCUUCCCAGGAUGAAGAUGAAGAGGAUGACAUGUAACUCCCAACAGGCUUUCCCUGUGGCACACAGAUAGAUUGACACAUAUAUAUAUAUAUAUAUAUAUAUAUAUACACACACACAAAUAAAUAUUUUACAGACAUGUAUGGUCUCCUACACAAUUUGCCCUCCUUAAACCCUAGCAGAGAGGGGACCUCUGCAGUGUUGUUUCCUAAACAAACUUUUAAAUCAAGCUCAUCAGUAUAAAUUCAUACUGAUGGUUUAGGAAUGCUCAUGGGUGCUCUUCUGUGAUUUGUUGCAAUGUUUGCCUCUAUUCACUUGUUAACUAGAAUUAUUAGGUCUUUUCUUUCACAUUUAUACCCGAGUUAUUUGAAGGCAGUUGUCAUGAGUUUCACCAUUUUGUAUGUGUGUGGUAAGGAUGUUAAGUCGUGUAAAGUGGCUGUGACGUGACGCGCACCACAUUGAUUGUCCUUGGUUAAGUUCAGGAGCCAGCGUUUUACCUCACUGCCUCCUGUUUUAGGUGACUUGCAUAUUUCUCGUAUUUUUGUUUGUAAAAUAGCUUAUAAAGACACAUUUUGGGGAAUCUUUUUUGGAAAGUGAUUUUUACAGCAGUUCAUCCCCGCUUCUGUAUUUCUCUAUGUUCUGCUGAGUGAGAUCUGAGAAAAUGUCCUUUGUAAUGUAGGAUGUUGCUUUUUGGUUCUUUUUUUGUUAGACGAUCAGGAUACAAUAUAUGUAGAUAGGCUUUUACCUGCCCUGUGCUCAGAACAGUAUUCCAAUGAAAAUAUUUACAUUUGCAGAACUAAUAUCUGACUCAUAGUACCAAAGAUAGAAGAAACUAUGAAACUUCAGUCAACUGAUAGUUUUCAGAAAUCUACAUAUGGUAUUUCCUCUCUGUUCGAAUUGAGUGCUUCAGUGCAGACCACACUGAAGUCUCUGUAAACCUAUUGGUGGCUACUCUCACUUUGUACAAUGUUUUGAUAGCAGAUUUUUCAAGGUGCAAUGUGUAAAAGUUGCAUUGUGAAUGUGUGAUUAAUUGUUAUCUCAUGACUGGUAAGGUGUAGUUGACAAGCAUAUUCACAUGCCUUUGCAAAAGCUGUAUUCUCUAAGCAAUAAAUUCAACCUGUUUUA